CGGGGAAGGGGUGGGUUCGGCCCGCCCCCCUCCCCGCGCCAAUGGGGCCGGGCCGGGCGCGGGCGGUGCGGGAGGCGCAGCCGAGGGAAGAUGGCGGAGGAGGAGAAGCUGCCCGCGGGCUGGGAGAAGCGCAUGAGCCGCAGCUCCGGCCGUGUGUAUUACUUCAACCACAUCACGAAUGCCAGUCAGUGGGAACGGCCCAGCGGCAGCGGGAAGAACGGCCAAGGGGAGCCAAGCAAAGUGCGAUGUUCACAUCUCUUGGUGAAACACAACCAGUCCAGAAGGCCCUCGUCGUGGAGGCAGGAAAAGAUCACGCGGACCAAAGAUGAGGCACUGGAGCUUAUAAAUGGCUACAUCCAGAAGAUAAAAUCGGGAGAAGAGGAUUUUGAAUCUCUGGCUUCCCAGUUUAGCGACUGCAGCUCGGCAAAAGCGGGCGGCGAUUUGGGUGCGUUCGGGAGAGGUCAGAUGCAGAAACCUUUUGAAGACGCCUCAUUUGCGCUGAGGGCUGGCGAGAUGAGCGGACCAGUUUUCACAGAAUCAGGGAUCCACAUCAUCCUCCGCACAGAGUGAAGUGCCUUGGUGACGCGUAGAAGAGGAAAGGGCGAGGGGAAGAAAGGAAAAGGAAGAAAACAAAGAAGAAAAAAAAAGAAAAAAAAAAAAGAAAAAUACAAAACCAAACCUGCUCCAACCCUGCACUCUCCCCAAACGAACUUCAUAUCCAGUUUAAAAAAAAAAAAAAAAAAAAAAAAGCUCAUUUUUCAUAUCUCGAUAUCUUCUGUGGCACCCGACACAGUGUUUUUCACCUGCAGAGGUGCAUGGUUAGCCGCGGGUGAGAACGCAAUCGGAACAAGGCGGUAGCAUCUUUCGCAAGCAGAGAGAACGUUAAAACCCGACGUUUCUGGCAUGCCACAGCUGCUCGAGUUACAUCCGCGUGUCUCCUGGGCCGAGGAAUUGUCAACGCUAAAGGUCCCGCUCCAGUGCUUCCCGCAUCCCUACCCCCCGCCGCCGCCGCCCCCGUCUCUAGACGCAGAGUAUUUAUUGCAGCGCGGAGCCGACGUGUGAACUCUGGUGCUACGACGGAACCAACUCCCCCCCCAGCCCCCGCAUGAUCGUUUCGACGCAUUUUUAAACCCCAGUGGAGGGUAUUCGCUCUGCAGCCCGCUCUGUUGGUUCGUAGAACUGAUUGAUUUACUAAAGCCAUUCGUUAAUUGACCGUCAAGGUAUCAAAGGCUGAGCCAGCUUAAGCAUGGGGCACCCAUCCCUCUGUCUCCGUCCGUAGCUUCCCUUUAACGCAGCUCGGCGAGGACCAUCCCUCUGUCCCCUCGCCCCGGUGGCGCCGGGAGCUCUCUCUCCCCUCCUGCCAUCCCUUCGAUUCGUUAAAACUUGAAGAUGCCUUUUUGGGUUCCGAACGCAAAGGAGAGAGGCGAAGGGCCAGUAAGUAGUUGCCACUGCAGGAUGGUGGGUAGCCAGCCCGAGCUGCGUAGCGGUACGUAGGAUGCUGCGUGCUUCCCAUUCCGGCCUGAAGUCACUCCAUUAUUUAGACACCACGGUGCCGUUCCGUAGGGCCGACUGUAUUGUGGAUUUUUAGUUUUAGCUAGAAGGCUGGUUUUUUUGGGUCGUCGUUUUUUUUUUUUUUUGGUUGUUUGGUUUUUUUGGUUUUUUUCCUUCUCCUUCUUUUUUUUUUCUCAAGCUCCUCUCGAGCCACUUGUGGUUUAAACACUGUAAGCCGUUGUUUUCCGGUUACACCGCAUUGCUUAUGUUUAGCGAAAUAAAAACGGGGAAAAAUGAAAUAAAAUAAUAAAUCCCGGCUUUGGUCCAGCUGUAUAGUUCCAAUUCUCUUCAGCAGAAAAUAAAGCCCUCUCCAAUU